CUUCCCGCUCCAUUACAGUUGUCAAUUCACCCUCCCACACUCUCUCGUAAUGGCGCCUUCAGCUUUAGCAGACAUGUAUCCAAUCCCAGCGAGGCACUACCACAAGCCCUCGACUGUGGUAGCAUCCGUCCUGCAUGGGCCAAGGGAUUUGCGGCUCGAAACCCGUCCCAUCACAGACCCUGGACCGAACGAACUUCAGAUAGCAAUCAAGGCUACUGGUCUUUGCGGAAGCGAUUGCUCCUACUACAGCAAGUUUCGCAACGGUGAUCUGCAUGCCUGUCAGCCACUCUCACUCGGCCAUGAGUCUGCCGGCGUCGUAGUCGCGAUAGGCGAGAGUGUCAGCGGCUUCCAGAUUGGCGAGCGUGUCGCGUUAGAGGUUGGCGUGCCAUGCGACAAUUGCAGGUCCUGUCAACGCGGCCGGUACAACCUGUGCCCUAAGAUGCGAUUCAGGAGUAGCGCCAAAUCAGUGCCUCACUUUCAGGGAACCCUUCAGGAACGCAUCAACCACCCUGCGAAAUGGUGCCACAAACUUCCCGCACAUGUCUCCAUGGAGUCGGCGGCAUUGUUAGAGCCUCUGUCUGUAGCGAUACAUGCCACACGGAGAGCUCACAUCGAACAGGGUGACACCGCUAUCGUCUUCGGUGCAGGCGCCGUGGGCCUUUUGACCGCGGCGAUGGCCAAAGUUUCUGGCGCGACGACCGUUGUAAUUGCUGACAUCGACUAUGGUCGGAUCAACUAUGCCCUUGCGAAUGGUUUCGCGCACAAGGGCUACAUUGUGACUCCUCAAAGAGAAGCGACUGAGACUGCGGAGAAGCUUGACCAGGCGAAAGAACUGGCGACAGACAUUAUGCAAAUUGCUUCGCUCAACGAUCCGGAAUUCGAGGGAGCCGACGUGACAUUUGACUGCACUGGGAAGGAGAUCUGCAUGCAAGCCGGUCUAUACGCAACAAGACCUGGCGGGCAGCUUGUCAUGGUAGGAAUGGGCACUCCUAUCCAGACUCUCCCAAUGUCCGCUUCCCACUUGAAGGAAGUUGAUAUCAUCGGCAUCUUCCGCUACGCCAACACUUACCCAACUGGCAUAAAAUUGAUUUCUGCUGGAGUUCUUCCAAACCUCGACAACAUGAUUACCCAUAGGUAUCAUGGGCUUGCAUCUGUGAAGGAGGCUUUCGAGCUCGCUGGCAAGACUCUCGACAACGACGGCAAUCUUGUUCUGAAGGUCCUCGUCGAGAUGUAAUCUUUCAUGUCGAGGUCCUCUCACACACGAUGCGUCCGCUGAGAUAUGAUUGACUUUCGUACCUUUUACGACCAUAGAGAUGGCAUAGACGGAGCCAGCCAGGUACCAAGGCUUGGACAGGCGUUUUAGGGUGAUUUUGUUUCGAUGAUUGAAGAUACCAUUCGUUUUCUGUGGGGUUUGGAAAAGGCUCUCGGAGUCUGGCCGCGGUACUGAAAGGCAUGGAACUGAAGUUCAGGUGUAUGGAAACGAUAGUAAUGAGACUUUAACAUUUUGCUUCUUCCAAA